AUGAGGUUUGGUGUUCGUGGUAAAUUGAGUCCUAGAUUUAUUGGACCAUUUGAGGUUUUAGAUCAAAUUGCAGAGGUAGCUUCCAGACUUGCCCUACCACCUUCACUAGUUAGAGUUCAUAAUGUCUUCCAUGUUUCGAUGUUGAGGAAGUAUAUACCGAAUCCCAAUCAUGUGAUUGAUUAUGCACCGUUGCAGUUUAACGAGGAUUUAACCUAUGAGGAACACCCUGUAAGAAUUGUUAAUAAGAAGGAGCAGGUUUUGAGGCGUCGAGUCAUCCACUACGUUAAGGUUCAAUGGAGCAUUCACUCGGAGAGAGAAGCUACUUGGGAACUUGAGGAUGAAAUGAGACAAAAGUAUCCACAACUUUUUGAGACUACAGGUAUGUCAAAUUUCGAGGACGAAAUUUCUUUUAAGAGGGGAAGAAUGUAA